AUGCAAUUGCGAUCUCGCCAACGCAAAAUUGAUCAGCUCGUUGAUGAGGAUGAAAUAGCAAAAUCGUUCAUGAGGCAACCAGAGCUAAAAGGUACAGCAAUGGACCGUUUGGAGAUGCAAGAACUUGGUCGAAUUUUGAAAGGAGAUGUAGACGAGGCUUGGCGAAGGAAACAAGAAAGCCUGGUAGGAAAGAAUCUGAAUGAGAUCAGAGAAGAACAUAGGUGGUUUCGAGCUGUCCAGGAUGCUGAUAGUACACGUAGAAUAAAAGCCGAAAGAGCGGAGCGGCGCCGAAAAGAAAGGAUUGCUGCACGUGGAGGCGUCUCUGAGAGCGACCGCACAGAAUAG